GCUCCCCCCGUGCGAGGAGUCACAGGACACCACGGGGCAGCUCCAGCUGGAAUGCACUGGUACCGAUAUAAUCCCGCAGCCUGGAUCCAUGAGACACAAGUGUGACAUGGGAGGUAUUUAAGGAGACACACCUGUUCUAGGCACAGGCUGGGUAUUGCAUGUCUUGGAAAUGGAAGGUUUUGGUGGAGCAGGAAAGACUCUCAUUUUAUCCUCCGGAGGGCUUUGCUUCCUUCUUUCUCCCCAGCUGCACUUUAUUUGAUAAUUUCCCAAUAUUAGGCAGUCCUGGAGCCUGUUAGCACCGGGCUGUUUCAAAGGCCAGGCUGGUGUUUGCAGGAGAGAACAGCCUCUGCUCGUCCCUGCUGGUUCUCCAUUCUGCAUCCGUGCAGCCACGUUCUAUUGAUGGCCUGUUGUGAUUUCAAUGGAACAUCAUGGGAUGUACCUGGCACGUCGGGCAGCACUGGAUGGAGGUGCCUUUAGCCCAAUGUACCUGGCAUGGUGGUAAGGUGAAGGUGAGAGGAAGAGAAGGUGGAGAUGGAACUGCCAAAUCAUGCCAAACAACUGCUACUGCAGCUGAACCAGCAACGAGCCAAAGGUUUCCUCUGUGAUGUGAUCAUUGUGGUAGAAAAUGCCCUGUUUCGUGCCCAUAAGAACAUCCUGGCAGCCAGCAGCAUGUAUUUCAAAUCCCUUGUUCUGCAUGACAACCUGAUAAACUUAGACACCGACAUGGUGAACCCAACCGUGUUCCGGCAGAUCUUGGACUUUAUUUAUACUGGUAAGCUCUUAACGACUGACCAGCCUGGUGAACAGAACUUUAAUGCUCUCCUCACCGCAGCAAGCUACCUCCAACUGCACGACCUGGCAGCUCUCUGCAGAAAGAAGCUGAAGCGGAACAGCAAGUCCUUCGCUGGCAAGGCCGGUGGCCUUGGUGUUGGGAGAUCUGCCAGGAGUCAGAGACUUUCCACUGCUUCAGUCAUCCAAGCUCGCUAUUCAGGGUCAAAUGAGGGGUUGAAGGGCUCGCACUCAAAGGAGCUGUCAAAGGGAAAGCUCUCUGAUGACGAGGUCUUCAUCAGCAGCUCCAACCAAGAGAACUGUCACUCCUUAAGCAGGGGAACCAGCAAGAAUGGCGGUGGGAGCAGCAGUGCGAAUGGGAGCACUGGUGACCAGGAGCUAGGCCUCGACUUGUCCAAAAAAAGCCCCUCGCUCCCUGUCGCAGCCUCCCAGGAUGACACGCAGCACAGCGAAAGCCAGCACGGCUCUCCCCAAUCUGCCUCAGCCCCUGCAGCCAACAGUGCCUCAUUGUUCGACGAGUCUGGUGUCGGAGCCCCCCACAGCAUGGCAGACAGCAGCGACCCCAUGGAAAUGGAUCUGAGCGAGGAGUGCCACCACUCACUGACAGAGAGCAGCCAGCGCAAGGGCCUCCGGCACUCGUCCCGCAAGAAGGAGUGGAUCAAGAAAGACAACGCCUUUGACCGAAAGGAAGGGGGCAAAGAGAGGGACGAGGGUGAAGGGCUGCCCAAUGGUAUCCUGCUGGGGCCCUUGUCCAAGUCUGUGGAGAGGAGUCUGGCCGGGGCCUACGGGGCAGACCUGCCCUACCCAUGUAAGGAGGAGGUAGAAAACGGUAAGGAGAACAGUGAUGACAGCGGCCAGAGUGAGAGUGAGAGCGGCGGCCAUACCAGUGCCAACUAUGUCUACCGGCAGGAGGGGUUUGAGCCAGUGGCCUACGGUGACAACCUGUAUGUCUGUAUCCCCUGUGGCAAAGGCUUCCCGAGCUCCGAGCAGCUCAAUGCCCAUGUGGAAACGCACACCGAGGAAGACCUUUACAUCAAGGAGGAAGGCACAUACGGCAGCAAGGAUGAAGCUGAGGAUUUGUCCAACCCCAAUCAGUCCUACGCUGCAGAGUCCCGGCCCUUCAAGUGUUCAGUGUGUGAGAAGAGCUACAAGGAUCCAGCCACGCUGCGGCAGCACGAGAAGACUCACUGGCUGACGCGGCCCUUCCCUUGCAACAUCUGUGGCAAGAUGUUCACGCAGCGGGGCACCAUGACACGGCACAUGCGCAGCCACUUGGGGCUCAAGCCCUUUGCUUGCGAGGAAUGUGGGAUGCGCUUUACCCGGCAGUACCGACUAACAGAGCAUAUGCGUGUCCACUCAGGAGAAAAACCUUACGAAUGUCAACUGUGUGGUGGGAAAUUCACCCAGCAGCGCAAUCUGAUCAGCCACCUGCGAAUGCAUACCUCUCCCACAUAAGCCAAAGACUCCAGAAUGAGCUUCAAGCCCAUCCGCAGUGAUUUACCUUUCUGUAGACUUGCUGCUUAAAAAAAAAAGAAAAAAGAAAAAAAAUAAAACAAAAAAGGGGGCAACUCCCCAUACUCUGUUCAGUCAUGAGAGGCCUAAACAAAUGUAGCUUUAACAUUUAAAAAAAAAGUUCCUUUUUUUUCCUUUUUUUAAAAAAAAGAAAGGUCCACAGCCAAGCUGAUGCAUUUAGUCCCAGUCUCCCUUCAAAUUCUGAUGACCUGGCAAGAAAUGCCUCUUCUUUUUGCACCCAUCGACUGCAUUGCCAUAUUGCUUAUCUGGAGCAGGUAGGGAGACCUUGGGGAACUUUCAGCCUCUGCUGGCUCCCUCCUCCUCUCCCCCCUGCCUCAUUCUGUUCUCACUGUACUCACCUCCUUUCUUAAAACCAAACUCAGUAGGGGUAUUUCUUGCCAUUAAAAGAAAACAAAGUACACCUUUUCAGUGGCCUAGUAGCUGUGAAAUAACAGCAUUCUCAAGUGCAGAAGCUGUGUCUGUGGACCAUCUCACAGGGUUGGCAGCCCCUCCAGAGACUGUGGGAAAGCCACAGCAGUGGUGGAGCCCACCCCCAUCCCCUGGGCUGGCAAUGGUGGGGGGAGCAGCUCCCAGGGCUCCACCAACACCAGUACUUCACUUAAAGAAAUGGCGAAGCCUCCCUUACCAUCCCUCCCCAGUUUGGUUUUGAUCUUUGUCCUUGGCACAUGUAACUAUGUGCCACCUUCUCCCAUAAAACACGCAAACCUCUUUUGCCUUACCCAUGACUGAACAGGGACUGGAAGCCCUGGGAAUUUCUUUCAGUGAGCAGGGGGUCGUCUUUACUUUUCUAGUAGUUUCGUAUGAAUAUUCUUUGCUUAGAGGUACUUGUUUUAUUAAAGGAAAAACCAUUGUAACGUU